AUGACUUUAAGUACUAUUAUAUGUAUUGGUAUGGCUGGUUCUGGGAAAACCACUUUCAUGCAAAGAUUAAACAGUUAUUUUCGUUCUUCAAAGAAAGAAGUUCCAUAUGUAAUCAAUCUAGAUCCAGCCGUAUUAAUAGUUCCAUAUGGAUGUAACAUUGAUAUCCGUGAUUCUAUCAAAUACAACAAAGUUAUGGAAACUUACGGUUUAGGUCCCAAUGGAGCUAUUGUAACAAGUUUAAACCUUUUUAGUACUAAGAUCGAUCAAGUGAUUAAAUUAGUGGAGACCAAAAAUGAUAAAUAUGAACAUGUCAUUAUUGAUACACCGGGUCAAAUUGAAUGCUUUGUUUGGUCUGCAUCAGGUGCGAUCAUCACUGAAUCCUUUGCAUCAACCUUCCCAACCGUCAUUGCAUAUAUUAUUGAUACUCCAAGAAACACAAAUCCGACGACUUUCAUGAGUAAUAUGUUAUAUGCUUGUUCCAUUUUGUAUAAGACAAAAUUACCAAUGAUUAUUGUUUUCAAUAAAACAGACGUCAAAAAGGAAGAUUUUGCACGUGAAUGGAUGACAGAUUUUGAAGCAUUUCAAACAGCAAUAAUGAAUGAUCAAGAAUCAAAUGAGAGUGCUAAUGGAUCUGGAUACAUGAAUUCAUUGAUCAAUUCUAUGUCAUUAAUGCUGGAAGAAUUUUAUAGUCAGUUGGACGUAGUUGGCGUAUCCUCAUACACAGGUGAUGGCUUUGACUCAUUUUUAAAAGCAGUUGAUGAUAAAGUGAUAGAGUAUGAGACUUAUUACAAACAAGAAAGAGAAAGAAUCUUACGUGAAAAGGAAGCAAAAGAAAAGAAACGCAAGGAGAAGUCUCUAUCCGGAUUAAUGAAAGAUCUUGGAUUAAAUGAUAAGAGUUCUGGUGAUAGUAAGAAACAAGAGAAUAACAAUAAUUCUGAAGUAGAAGUGAUCAGUGAUAUUGAAGAGGACGAAAAUGAUGGUUUUGUAGAACCUGACAUCGAAGAAACCACAGAUAAUGAAUUUAAAUCCCAAAGAGAGUAUACUUUCCCCGAAAAUGAUAGGCUAGAAGGUGAAAUUACAGAUAAGAGUUAUCCAGAUUUACAAAAAAGAUACCAAGCUGCAUUUGAAUCACAAGCCAAGCCUGCAAGUUCUAGCGUAGCAGAAGACAUUGCAAAAUAUAUCAGACAGUAA